AUGAAACUGAAUCAAGCGCAUUCGUCUCAAGCUACCAUGGCAAAGCGUCGGACCAAAUCCACCGGGCACAGCAGCUCGGCACCGUCCGUCGUCGUUCAGGACAACGCACUACAGCAGGACAUUUUGGCCGUGAUGCAAGAAAUUGGCCUCGAAAAUCCGGUGCAGGACAUCCAAACGCCUUCAGUACCAGAAGUCUCGCCCACGAGCUCUGCUGCUGGCUCUCAGCGAAGGAAGCGCCAACGUCUCGCAGCGGAGGUCGCUGCCGGGCCCCAGAGCACCGAGGGCAUGCAGCGCAGGCACCAUGAACCCGCCGGAACAACCGUGGAACACGCUACAUUCGAAACGCGAAUACCAUCGAAACCGUUCAUCGCGACGCCGCGUCUGCCAGAGCUACCCGUCCCGGUGAAAGCACUGCUCCGGGACGAAGACCUUCAAGCCGAGCACUGGUAUGAAGCUAUCCCGGCUGCUGUGCCGCCGCUCAAGUCCUCGUGUCAACCCAAGGCAUCUGAGGAAGUCGCAGCAGACAUCAUUCGUCGUCUGGAAGAAACCGGCCUGGAAACAUUGCGUGCAGUGAGCCAACUCUAUCAUGAGCGGAAACAACGCCAUGUACCGUCACGGACGCCGCUCAGUGGACCUGAGCUUGCAUCCUUGCCGGCUCUGGGUGCUAAACAGCUGACCCUCAUGGAUCGCAUUGCAACAUUGGCUAUGGAUAUCCGACGAGCACCGCUGUAUUACCUGGAUGAGCUGACGCAACUCAUUGACGUGGCGACGACGACGUGCAAGAAACGGCGUAAGGAGCGAUGGACGGCAAUCGAAGCUCUGAAGGAGCUCUUCAUCGAGCAGCUGCUUCCUCCGAGUCGGAAGCUGUGCGCUUUCCAGCAACGUGACUGGGCAACCUGGUAUGCUGAGCAAGGCGCACAGGUGGUGGCGGUAGCGGUAACGAAUGAGAGGACGUCACAGGCGCCACCAUCAAUGACGGCAACGGAACGUGCUCAGGUCUGCAGCGCGUUCCGAGUCCUCAUGUUCAGUGCCUUCGAGUCCGCUGUGAAGGCCCAGUAUGCGCGCUUUCUUGUCGAGGCACUCACGGAUAGCGCUCAGGACCCGAUAGAGUUCCUGGCGACGCGUGCACUCGGUGCCGCGUUGGACUUGCUGGUAGCUUGUCCCGAGCAAGAGCAAGCCCUGCUCGAUCUGCUGGUUACCAAGCUGGGUUCACCCCAUCGUGCGCUUUCCAGCAAAGCGUACCAUUCUUUGGAACUCUUGAUCCAAAAGCACCAUCCAGCAAUGCGUUUGGUUGUUGCUCGGCAUAUUUUGCAGCUCGGUAUCGAGUCGCUUCCGAACUUGACCACGGACCGUUCCAAUCGUCUGCUCUACCUCUGCGUUCGCUUCCUGGCUCAUGUGAUGCUCCAUCGAGACCGGCCUGGUGAUCGAGCGUUUGCUGCAACGCUGCUCUCCUUUUACCUGGGCACCUUUCGAAUCCUCCUGGAACGGCAGCGCUUUGACAGCCGUCUCUGCACAGCGGUGCUGGAAGGUCUCCAACGGGUGCUUCCCUUCAUCUCUGAAGGCAUCUCCAACAACAACAACAGGGAUAACUCCGAUUUUGCGCAACAGCAAGAGACACUCAAGAACCAGAUCGAUGGGCUGUACCUGCUGGUGCACCGCGGGAACCUCGAGACCUCGAUACGCUCACUGAUGGUGCUUUAUCGUCUCGGUGCAACGGAUCGGUUUUAUCGGGCACUAUACGAGACGCUUGCAUCACCCAGGUUAUGGUAUGCUGCUGGGUCUCGGAUUACAGCGCUGUGUAAUAUCUGUUAUUGGAGCAUGAAAGCGGACACAUGUGUCUCACGUCUGCUCGCACUGGUGAAACGUCUGUUGAGUUUGGCCCUGCAGGCACCGGCAGCGACGGCAGCAGGCAUCUUGCUGAUGCUCAGCGAGCUGAUUUUUCGCUCAGGACAGGAAGCAUUCCGUUUGGACGCGCAGAAGCAACUUUUGCGGAUACGACAAGCAUUAGGCGAGGGCUCGUCUGAAGAGCGCGUGGUAGCACCGCAUCAGCGCACAGCGCCGAGGACGUUCGAAGCAACACCAGACCAAGUGCCGUCGACGUCGCUGGUAGUUGCGCAAACCGUGGAUGCACGAGCGUCUGUUGUACGGACAGCAGCUCGACAAGAAAGCGCAUCGAACUGGACGACGACGACGACAACGACAACAACAACCUACGAUAUGAGCAAGCGUGAGCCCAAGUUCGCGGGAGCGGAGGCAGCUGCAUGGUGCGAGCUUGCGCUCCUGCGAUGCCACUACCAGCCCACGGUAGCCGCUUUCGCGGAAGCACUCAUUCAGGGUCAAGCGAUUCACUACAAAGGGGACCCGCUCGAAGAUCACGCACAUGCUGCGUUUCUUGAUCGCUUGGUACGCAAAAAACCCAAAUCAUCGCCACCGAUUGCCAGAAUGCAUAGCGCUUUCGCGGAGCCUCGUUCAUUGCCGGGAACGCCUUCUGUCUUGGAUGUGGCGACGGGACGCACAAGUGCAGCACCAGCGAGCACAUCGCGUGAAGGCGCUGAGGUGCGGCACUUGCACACUGCCGACGCCGAGGUCAUUCCCAGCAUGGACAAAGCACCUAACUUGCAUGCGCUCUCUGUGCCCGCAGCUGAACGGUCGCCUCGCGGGCGAACGUCCAUAAUGGCGAAUGGGAUGCAAGGAGCUCCUCAAGAGGUCGCACAUCAUCUCCGUAUCGAUAGCCUCGAGGCGAGUCAUCGAAGCACAAGCGCCGACGAGUCCUCCUUAGCGCAUAGCAGUGAAGAUGAAGAAGAGCAAGCCAUAUGGGCAGCGAUGGAGGAUUCACUCGCCAAACAGGGUAUGCUGCUUUCGGAUGACGACGACGAUGACGACGACGAUGACGACGACGAACUGUCAUCUUCCGAGUCCGAGUCCGAGUCCGAGUCAGCGAUACCACCAAGGCGUGCCGCUGCAACGCGUCCGCAGCGCACGUCACCGCAUGCUGCUGCUCAAGGCACGCGAGCGCUGGGCGUUGUACCGACUACACGCAACGGGCCUCGAGGCGCCUCUGUUGCAAGCAGGAGCAAAAAGCCCAGCACCCAGCGGAAGCGUAUUCGAGAGCCGGGGCGAGCCAGUCGGCGUGUUCCGGAUCGAUCCAAGGUACCACGUGCACGGCUGCUCUCAUGA